AAAAACGAACUGGGUAAGCUCUUGGGUGAAGCUAACGAUGAGCAGAAGAGGAUGGUAGGCAUGAGAUUGAAAAAAGGUUUGUGCUUUGCAUGGCUUUGAAAUCUCUUCUUCCUCGUUAGGAUUUUCGUCGCACACAGACACAGAGCCUUCUCACCUGACGACAUGUCGUUUUGUCCUCUCCUUAUUCGCUGGUAUAAAUAUAUUAAAGAGACGCCGAAAACCGAAACACAAGAGAGAGAUAUAUAUGGCGGUGUGGUCGUAUCCACCGACGCCCAAGCAGCUGGCGGUGACGGCGUGCUGUUUCGUGACGGGGGUGGCGCUGUUCGCCGUCGGAGCUCAUCUUUCACUGGCCAACGUGGGCCCACAACAGGACCGGGUCAAGGCGCGCAGGAAUUUCGUCAAAGACCGACUAAGAAAGCUCCUGGAUGAUUAAUUGGUUUGAUGCUUUUCAAGCAUUGAAUUUUGUUCCUUUUUGUCUCACAAUGUUCUUUAAAAACAGUCGAAAAAGAUGCAAACUUGCACCUUUCAUCUUCAUCUUGGCCAAAAGCAAAAGGGAGAAAGGACUUGACCAGACCAGGCACUAGAUUUCUUGCAAGAUUAAUGACAUGUUCAUGUAACUGACGUGGCAAAAUGCAAUCUUUUUUCAAUUUUGUUUUCUCUAUAAAAUGAUGAGGAGCAGUGGAAAAGACAGACACUUUACUAUUUGAACUUCCUCAAAAACCAAAGAGAAACGCAAAGCUCUUGUCCUUUGCCCAUAAGUCGUCUGCUCAGCCACAUUACAUGCAUUAAGCCACUGCACCAACCAAAAG